AUGACUACCCUCAAGAUUCCAGACGCCGGCCUAGAGCUGGAGGGCUCGGGUAGCUCCAUCUCACCCUUGCCUGCCCAAGCCUUCGCCGUUACCCUGUCAGAUGGCGUUAUUGAAGAUAUGAUCAAGUGCAUUCAGAAUGGCGAGAACAUCCAAUUGUCAUUGGGAAACUGCCCGACCUUCCUCUACGGCUCAAAGCGCCAUACCCCGACCCCGACAACCGAAUCUUUCCCUCCCGAUGUUUUUCUCACAAAGCCAUUUGAAUCGAUCAAGAAGGCAGCUCAAAUCCCGCAAAUUACAUCCCUUUGGGAAAAGCCAAGCUCACCACAUUCCGACGCAAGUGAGAAUCAUAGCAGCACGCGGCCAAGAGAUUUAACAACAUUUUCAGCCUCUUCCGCCUUGGACUCGGAUAUAGAAACUCUGCAGAACUCUAUUGCGGCUGCGGAGGCUUCCAAGAAGCAGUACGUGCUCGGUAGACAGCUGGUUUGCGAGAGGGAGCAAAAGCUAACUCGAACGGACAGCUCAAGAAUUCUGGACAAGAUACCCGCAGGGAAGUUGCCAGGCAGGUCUGGGCCCAAGUCCAAAUACUUGUCGAGUAUGGCGUCAUACGGAGUUGCCGGCGCCAAACCGGGCUCUUUACCUUCCUCGCCAGCUUUGACUGCUUCUGGUUCCCCAUCGCUUAACCAGGGCUACGGCGCCUCGAAACAAACAAUGGAAAAGGCAAAGGGAGAACGGGCCAUGAUAGUGCACGAGCUAGCGGCUGCCGACCGGACAUACGACCAUCUGGAGGCCAAGUGGACCGGCAAGGCCGAAGACCUUAAAACGACAAUCGAGAAAGUGGCCGAUUUCAACUCGGACACUCAGAAGUGGACACUCGCUAAGAAGCAAUGCUGGAAGGAGUUGGACGUGUGGAAUUACAAUUAUGAUACCCCCCAGGAGCGCCAGAGUGCCAUCGACAACGCCGUCCGGACUUUCGACAGGAUGCGGCUAGGAGUGGAUGAGCCUCAAUGGCAGAAGCUGCUGCCCAAAGAAGAGCGUGGGAAGGGCAAGGUUCUAAGCAAAGUGCAGGCCAACAUUGCAAAGGGCCCGGCUGUACCCACGCCGAAGCUGAAGGCUCAAAAGGCGGAUGAUGCGGCAAGUGAGGCCGGUAGCGAGGACCAGCUUAAUGUGGAGGGUGGAGAACCAAUGGCACGUUCUACCUCGCAGCCAGCUAAGAAAAAGAAGGCCACCGGCGCGGGUUCCCAGGUCAAGAGACUUCUUUCGAACAAACCCAAGACAACCACGACGGCCUCGGCCAGGGCAUCGCCUAAUAAAGCAGCGAAGGAGAAGCCUUCGACGGCCAAGGGGGGCAGGAUACUGUCGGCAGAGUUCGUCACCAAUUCGGACUCGGAAUCCGAACCGUCCGAGAACAAACCCAUGGCUGCCACAACAUCUGCAACAAGGACCAGUAAGGCCUCUCCCGCCCCGGUAGGCGAGACGAAGGAGAAGCCUGUCGCAGUGGCCAAGGCGACCUUGAAAUUCAAGUCUGGCGAGCGAGAUUCCGUCAAGGAACCGAUCAAAAGCCAACAAACUGCCAAGCGACCGCGAGACGAAGGAGAUGAUAGCAGCUCCAGCUCUGGCGUUCCGCUGGCCAAGCGUAUCAAACCCAAGGUACCAGCAGCGAAUAAGACGAGCCAAAAAUCCGCCGUCAGUCUCAAGAAGCCUCCCACAGCAUCCGACAGCGCACGUGGGACUCCUAACGGCACAAUAUCCUUCAAAAGCACCAAGAACACGUCCCCAACCAAGUCCUCGCCCCUCGCCACGUCACCCCCGACCAACGCAUCGGACCUGGAACCACGGCGGAAGGCGCCUCCCGAACCGGCGCCGGUUAACAGAAAGCGAAAAGCCGCCGCAGACACAUCCGAUGAUGGGUCGUCCAGUAAGGGAAGCAUCACGAGCGCUGCGGGUAUCAAGAAGCACAAGCCAAUGGACCCGGAGCUCGUACGCAAGGCGCAGCUGUUCAAGCGAAAAUACGAGAAAUAUGCCUUACUUCACAAGCAGAUAUCCAGCAUGACCCACCCCCCUCAGGACCAAUUGGCGCACUUGAUGGAUAUGAGGCAGCGGCUUCAGGAUAUGAAGUCGGAGAUAUACAAAGAGUGUCCACCGGCCAUUGCGGUGGUCUGA